AUGAUUAAUCGACCUGAUUUUAAUAAAAGGCCCACAGCUACACUUGUAGGAAAGUUUUUUCCGAGUGAUUUUAUGGAUUACAGGCAAGCAAGUAAAAGGGCAACGUUUGAUCCAAAUAAGACUACAUGUAUGCUGUAUCUUCAGGAUGGCAAGCCAGAUAAUAUUACGUUCAUGAUAAAAAGAAUUAAAGUGCAUACUCACGAGUCUUUAAAAGAUCCUACAUACCGAUUUGCUGACAACUAUGGCGUUGAAAAAUAUCUAGAACUAUUUUCAGAGGAAGAUUACGAUUCGUUUUGUUUGGCGUACAUGUUCACUUAUCGAGAUUUUGAGAUGGGCACCUUAGGACUGGCAUGGACAGGUGAUCUUAAGAACGCAGGUGGUGUUUGUGAGAAAAAUGGGCACUAUCGUGGCAGUAUGAAAUCUUUGAAUACUGGAAUUGUUACGUUGUUAAAUUAUGGAAAGCACGUACCACCUUCGGUUUCACACGUGACAUUGGCACAUGAGAUUGGACAUAAUUUUGGAUCACCGCAUGACCCAGAACAAUGUGCUCCAGCGGCCCGACGGUAA